AUGAGUUCCAGCAAGGAUCCACAGUCUGGCGUUCCCGCCAACAGCAAAGGUUCCUGGACAAGUUUCCUCAAGUCCAUUGCUUCCUUCAACGGAGACCUUUCCUCCCUGACCGCUCCGCCCUUUAUCCUUUCCUCCACCUCCUUGACAGAAUAUUCUGCCUACUGGGCUGAACACCCCGCUCUUUUCGUCGCGCCCGCCAAAGAAUCCGAUCCGGAGAAGAGAGCCCUGGCCGUCCUGAAGUGGUUCCUGAGCACCCUCCACCAGCAGUACUGCAGUCGCAGCGAGAAGCUGGGCAGUGAGAAGAAGCCCUUGAACCCCUUCCUGGGAGAGCUGUUCCUCGGCAAGUGGGACUCCGAUGCCGACGUGGGUGAAACCACCUUGAUCAGCGAACAGGUUAGCCACCACCCUCCGGCCACGGCCUACGCCAUCCAGAAUGCGAAGCACGGUGUCGAGCUACAAGGAUACAACGCCCAGAAGGCCUCCUUUUCGAGUACCAUCCAGAUCAAGCAGAUCGGACAUGCCCUGUUGACCCUGACCCCGCCCGGAGCGGACAGGAACGAUCCGGCUCAGCAGGAGAAGUAUCUCAUCACCCUGCCUCACCUGCACAUCGAGUCGUUGAUCUACGGAACGCCGUUCGUCGAGCUGGAGAAGUCCACCCGCAUCGCCAGCAGCACCGGCUACGUGGCCAAGAUCGACUACUCCGGCAAGGGAUGGCUUAGCGGCAAGAAGAACACGUUCACCGCCCUCCUCUACAAGGAGAGCGAGGGCGAGAAGAAGCCCCUCUACACCGUCGAUGGACAGUGGUCGGAUUCCUUCGUCAUCAAGGACUCCCGCAAGCAUGAAGUGGAUCGGUUCUCGGUCAAGGAUACGCAGACCACCCCGCUGACCUUGGCUCCGGUCGAGGAGCAGGAUCUGUACGAGAGCCGACGGGCAUGGGGCGACGUGGCGGCCGGCAUUGAGCGCGGCGACAUGGAUGCUGUGUCUGUGGCCAAGUCCAAGAUCGAAAACGCCCAGCGCGAACUCCGCAAGAUCGAGAAGUCGGAGGGCCGGGAGUGGGAUAGGCGCUUCUUCAAGCGCGUCAACGACAGUGAUGACGCCAGCUUCUGGCAACUCGCGAGAAUGCUGGGCAUCACGUCCCUGGACAGCGAGAAGACCGGCGGUGUCUGGCGGUUCGACCAGGCGAGCGCCGUGGACGCCAAGCCCCCUUACCACAAGAUCGGGGGCGAGGGUCUCGGCAUCUAA